AUGGCCAAGGAAGGCGUGGAGAAGGCGGAGGAGACGGAGCAGAUGAUCGAGAAGGAGGCAAGCAAGGAGCCGACGGAGGGCGGCGGCGGCGACGGCUCGCACCGCCUCGGGGACGCCCAGGAGAUGCGCGCCGUGGUGCUGGCGGGCUUCGGGGGGCUCAGCAAGCUGCGGCUCACCAGGAAGGCCAUGCCCGAGCCGCAGGACGGCGAGCUCAAGAUCCGCGUCAAAGCCUGUGGUUUAAACUUCAUUGACUUGAUGGUACGACAAGGGAAUAUUGACAACCCUCCCAAGACUCCCCUGGUGCCAGGAUUUGAAUGUUCUGGGAUCGUUGAAGCUCUGGGGGACAGCGUGAAAGGAUACGAGAUUGGGGAUCGUAUCAUGGCAUUUGUCAAUUACAAUGCCUGGGCAGAGGUGGUCUGCACACCAGUGGAGUUUGUCUACAAGAUUCCAGAUGACAUGAGCUUCUCCGAGGCUGCUGCAUUCCCCAUGAACUUCGUCACAGCCUACAUGAUGCUCUUUGAAGUUGCCAACCUCCGGGAAGGGAUGUCUGUGCUUGUGCACUCGGCUGGAGGUGGUGUGGGCCAAGCUGUGGCUCAGUUGUGUUCCACCAUCCCCAAUGUGACUGUCUUUGGAACAGCUUCUACUUUCAAGCAUGAAGCAAUCAAAGAUUCUGUGACCCACCUCUUUGACAGAAAUGCAGACUACGUGCAAGAAGUAAAAAGAAUCUCUGCUGAAGGUGUGGACAUUGUCCUGGAUUGCCUCUGUGGGGACAACACUGGAAAAGGUCUCAGUCUUCUCAAACCCCUGGGAACCUACAUUUUAUACGGCUCAUCCAACAUGGUAACUGGAGAGACCAAGAGCUUCUUUAGCUUUGCAAAAUCAUGGUGGCAAGUGGAGAAAGUGAACCCCAUCAAGCUGUACGAAGAGAACAAAGUCAUCGCAGGAUUUUCCCUUUUAAAUCUGCUCUUCAAACAGGGCCGAGCAGGCCUCAUUCGAGGAGUGGUGGACAAACUCCUGGGGCUCUACAACCAGAAGAAGAUCAAGCCCAUGGUGGACUCCUUGUGGGCUCUGGAGGAGGUGAAGGAGGCCAUGCAGAGGAUCCACGACCGAGGGAACAUCGGCAAGUUAAUUCUGGAUGUUGAAAAGACCCCGACUCCACUGAUGGCCAAUGACAGCACGGAGACCAGCGAGGCAGGGGAAGAGGAGGAAGACCAUGAGGGUGACAGUGAGAACAAGGAGCGUAUGCCAUUUAUCCAGUAA